AUGGCUACUACACAAGCCCAGACUUACACUCCGACCAAGGUCGUGAGAAGUGAUUACCCUCUUAUUGACAACGACCCCCAUUUUAAGAGAGUUGUUGGUUAUGCCAGACCUUCCGACUACCUCCACGGUGCUGUAGCUGCAGCCUUCGGCCCUGGCGCUCUCCUGACCCUGGAGAAGUUUGCUCCUUCCCACGUAGGCAAGGGAGGCAUGGCUCAGGCUUUACGCUUGGCUGGUGCCAUUGGCGUUGCUGGAGGCUUUCUAUACUUCUACCAGCGCUCUAGUUUGCGGUUUUACGGAGCCACCGAGAACUCUCGCGAAGUUGAGCUGGACAUGAAGGAAAUGGUUUCCAAAGUCAAGGCCGGUGAGCCGCUUUACGGAGAGAGCAGGUUGACCCCCCAUAUGCAAGGCGUCGCUGCGCGACAAUCUCGGUAUUCGGCCUUGUUCAUGGGCGUUGUACCCUGGUUCAACUUCGUCAACCACAAUCAACACGGCGUCGACACGGCCAAGUACUAUCAGCAGGCUGAGAGAGAGCUUGAAACUGAGCGUUUGCAGAAAACUAGCGCAUGA